AUGAAACCUAUCAACGACAUGAGAUCCCGGGAUUCUGCAGAGUUGAGCUUAGCCAAGAGGAAGGCAGCUGCUGCAGCGACAAGACGUCGAAGAGAGGAAAAGGCAGCCGCCUUGCGUCGGCCUCAGGGCCAGUCCAGACCUCACAGAUCCAUCACUUCAUCAAGCCAAAUCCUUAAAGGUGGAGAUGUCAUGGAUUUCUACAACCUCUCUGACGAAGACAUCUUGGAGGAGCCCGAGUUGGAGGAUGCCUCGGAAACCCCGAUUAUGCCGGCGCCUUUACGGCUACCGCCCUCCCCGCCGACCCCGGCCUCUACAGUGUCAUCGGUCGGUUCCAAGCGACGGACAUCUUCCAUCCAUGCUGACGACGUCGCCAAGGAAGGAGCGCUGCAGGUUGCUCAGAUUGCGGCCAAGCACAAGUUUGACCUUGUCUAUAUCGUCAACUUGUGGCCCGAAGGAGCGUCAGAGUUGUCGUCGCCCACGUUCCGCUCUUCUAUGGAUUUCUCAUCAAGGCCCUCAAGCAUGAGAAACUCUCUCCUUGGGCCCAUGGAUGGACCCAUGGUGGACACAACUCCCGGUAUGACCGGGCGUUUGCUCGCCGCCUACGGCUUAUCGAAUCUGACCAGCCCUUUCCGCAUCUCGGCCACUGUUCAGUCCAGAAUCUUGAAGCAGGAGGGCUGGAUGGAAUACCGCAGUGACGACGCGCAGGCGGGCGAAAUCGCACGGGGUUACGGCCACGCCUUUCACACGGCCACAGGCCGAAGAGGCUCCGCCAAUUCGAGUUCCCGGAGCCCGGGUCCGCAAGAUGUAGCCCAGAACGAUCGCGGCAUUGUCUUCGCCGCCUACCGCUACCCGAGCAAGGACUCACAAACAAUCGGAUGUACCAAGGAGGAGCUGGACGCAUUGCGCGCAGAUGCUGAAGGCCUCGUGGAUUAUCUCGUCGCCAUUCACAAGGCUCGACGCCUCCGAGAUCCCAUGACACUACAGACCUUGGUCGACGAGGACGCCACGCCUUGA